GAUCCGUCCCCAGCUGUCCAAAGAGAAAAUAGAGGGAUGUCACAUCUGCACCUCGGUGACGCCCGGCGAGCCCCAGGUGCUGCUGGGGAAGGACAAAGCCUUCACCUACGACUUUGUCUUUGACCUGGACACAUGGCAGGAGCAAAUCUCCACGAAGUGUGUGGGCAAGCUCAUCGAAGGCUGCUUCGAGGGCUACAAUGCCACCGUGCUGGCGUACGGCCAGACUGGCGCGGGGAAGACAUACACCAUGGGCACUGGCUUCGACAUGAACGUCUCUGAGGAUGAGCAGGGCAUCAUCCCGCGGGCCAUUGGCCACCUCUUCAGUGGCAUCGAGGAGCGCAAGCGGGCAGCACAGAGUCAGGGCGUGGCAGCACCCGAGUUCAAAGUCAGCGCCCAGUUCCUGGAGCUCUACAACGAGGAGAUCCUGGACCUAUUUGACAGUGCCCGCGACCCUGACGCACGCCACCGCAAAUCCAACAUCAAAAUCCACGAAGAUGCCAGUGGGAACAUCUACACCACAGGGGUCACGUCGCGCCUCAUCAGCUCGCAGGAUGAGCUGAUCCAGUGCCUAAAGCAGGGGGCUCUUUCCCGCACCACCGCCAGCACCCAAAUGAACGUGCAGAGCUCCCGGUCCCACGCCAUCUUCACCAUCAACCUGUGCCAGAUGAGAGUGUGCACCCGCCCGGAGCUGGUGAACGAGGAGGGGACCAGCCUCCUGGAUGGAGCCCAGCCCACCACCGAGUAUGAGACCCUCACGGCCAAGUUUCACUUCGUCGACCUGGCUGGCUCAGAGAGGCUGAAGCGAACGGGUGCUACGGGCGAGAGAGCAAAGGAAGGCAUCUCCAUCAACUGUGGGCUGCUGGCCUUGGGGAAUGUCAUUAGUGCCCUCGGAGACCAGAGCAAGAAAGUUGUGCACGUGCCCUACCGUGACUCUAAGCUCACCCGCCUGCUGCAGGAUUCCCUCGGGGGCAACAGCCAAACCAUCAUGAUCGCCUGCGUGAGCCCAUCUGACCGGGACUUCAUGGAGACCCUGAACACGCUCAAGUAUGCCAACCGGGCUCGCAACAUCAAGAACAAGGUGGUGGUGAACCAGGACAAGACGAGUCAGCAAAUCAGUGCCCUGCGGGCCGAGAUCGCUCGCCUUCAGAUGGAGCUGAUGGAGUACAAGGCGGGCAAGCGGGUCAUCGGGGAGGAUGGCUCGGAGGGCUACAGUGACCUUUUCCGCGAGAACGCCAUGCUGCAGAAGGAGAACAGCGCCCUGCGCAUGCGGGUGAAGGCCAUGCAGGAGGCCAUCGAUGCCAUCAACAGCAGGGUCACCCACCUCAUGAGCCAGGAGGCCAACCUGAUGCUGGCCAAGGCAGGUGAUGGUAAUGAAGCCAUUGGUGCCCUCAUCCAGAACUACAUCCGCGAGAUCGAAGAGCUGAGGACGAAGCUCCUGGAGAGCGAGUCCAUGAACGAGUCCCUGCGUCGCAGCCUGUCGCGUGUCUCUGCCCGGCCCCCGUACUCCAUGGGCUCGUCCCCAGCAUCUGGCUUGGCUGGGCUGUGCAGCCCCGCUGCUCCGGUGGAGACGGAGGCCUCCGACGUCCUCCGACGGGCCAAGCAGGACCUGGAGCGCCUGAAAAAGAAAGAGAGGAGGCAGAGGAGGAAAAGCCCGGAGAAGGAAGCGUUUAAGAAGCGGCAGAAACUGCAGCAGGACAAUGGAGAGGAGACAGAUGAGAAUGAGGUGGAAGAGGAGGAGGAGGAACAGGAUGAGAGUGGCUGUGAGGAAGAGGAUGGCCGUGAGGAUGAAGAUGAGGACUCAGGCAGUGAAGAGAGCCUGGUGGACUCGGACUCGGAUGCAGAGGAGAAGGCGGCUAAUUUCCAGGCCGACCUGGCGGAUCUGACUUGCGAGAUAGAGAUCAAGCAGAAGCUGAUUGAUGAGCUGGAGAACAGCCAGCGGCGCCUGCAGACCCUCAAGCACCAGUACGAGGAGAAGCUGAUCCUGCUGCAGAACAAGAUUCGGGACACGCAGCUGGAGCGGGACCGGGUCCUGCAGAACCUCAGCACCAUGGAGUGCUACACGGAGGAGAAAGCCAACAAGAUCAAAGCAGACUACGAGAAGCGGCUGAAGGAGAUGAACCGGGACCUGCAGAAGCUCCAGGCAGCCCAGAAGGAGCAUGCCCGCCUGCUCAAGAACCAGUCCCGCUACGAGCGGGAGCUGAGGAAGCUGCAUGCGGAGGUGGCCGAGAUGAAGAAGGCAAAGGUUGCGCUUAUGAAGCAGAUGCGGGAGGAGCAGCAGCGGAGGCGGCUGGCUGAGACGAAGAGAAAUCGGGAGAUCGCACAGCUCAAGAAGGAGCAGCGCCGGCAGGAGUUUCAGAUCCGGGCUCUGGAGUCUCAGAAGCGACAGCAGGAAAUAGUGCUGCGGAGGAAAACCCAGGAGGUCUCAGCCCUGCGCCGUCUCGCCAAGCCCAUGUCAGACCGGGUCGCGGGCAGGAUGAGCCAGAAGCCAGCCAUGCUGGACUCGGGUGCGGAGGUCUCGGCCAGCACCACCUCCUCCGAGCCCGAGUCUGGUGCUCGCUCCGUCUCCAGCAUCGUGCGCCAGUGGAACAGGAAAAUCAACAACUUCCUGGGAGACCCCUCGUCCUCUGUGAAUGGGGCUCGGCCCGCCAGGAAGAAGUUCCCCAAGAAGGGAACAAGCCAGACCUUCAGCAAAGCCGCCCGCCUCAAGUGGCAGUCACUGGAGCGGCGCAUCUUCGACAUCGUCAUGCAGAGGAUGACCAUCGUCAACCUGGAGGCUGACAUGGAGCGGCUCAUCAAGAAACGCGAGGAGCUGGCUCUGCUGCAGGAAGCAUUGCUGGGCAAGAGGGCGAAACUGCAGGCAGAGAGCCCCAAGGAGCAGAAGGGGCUGCAGGAGCUGAACGAGGAGAUUGAGGUGCUGGGGGCCAACAUUGACUACAUCAAUGACAGCAUUUCCGACUGCCAGGCCACCAUCAUGCAGAUCGAGGAGACCAAGGAGGAGCUGGACUCCACGGACACCUCGGUGGUGAUCAGCUCCUGCUCCCUGGCUGAAGCCCGGCUCCUGCUGGACAACUUCCUGAAGGCCUCCAUCGACAAGAUCCUGGACGCCCUGCGGGAGAAGGCUGAGUCGCACCCUGAGCUGCAGGCCCUGAUCCACAACGUCCAGCAAGAGUGUGGCACUGAAGAUCCAUCUUUGUUCCCUUCUCUUUGCAGCAUCUCCCAGUCUUUCACCAUGAAGGGCUCAGCAAGCCAGGAUGACUUCAAGUUCAAGGGAGAGCCCAAGCUCUCAGGGCAGAUGAAGGCAGUGUCGGCUGAGUGUCUAGGACCCACACUGGACGUCUCCACCAAGAACAUCACUAAAUCCUUGGCAUCCCUCAUGGAGAUCAAAGAGGAUGGGAUCAGCUUCUCCAUCCGAGACCCCUAUUACAAGGAGAAGGUGUCGCGCACCAUCAGCCUGCCCACGCGAGGAAGCACCUUUCCCAGGCAAUCUCGUGGCUCGGACACUUCACCUCUGACAAGGAGGAAAUCCUAUGACCGUGGGCAACCUGCCAGGCCUCCAGAUGUUGGCUUCACGCCUCCCUCAUCCCCACCCACCCGUCCACGCAACGACCGCAACGUCUUCUCUCGUCUCACGAGCAACCAGAGCCAGGGCUCUGCCUUGGAUAAGUCUGAUGACAGCGAUUCCUCUGUCUCGGAGGUGCUGAGGGGCAUCAUUAACCCGGUGGGUGGCACCAAGAAUGCCCGGACAGCCCCACUGCAGUGCGUCUCCGUGGCAGAAGGACACACCAAGCCUGUGCUCUGCCUGGAUGCCACCGACGAGCUGCUUUUCACUGGGUCCAAAGACCGGAGCUGCAAAAUGUGGAACCUGGUGACGGGCCAAGAGAUUGCUUCCCUCAAGGGUCACCCGAACAAUGUGGUUUCCAUCAAGUACUGCAGCCACACGGGGCUGGUGUUCACCGUGUCCACAUCGUACAUCAAAGUGUGGGACAUCCGGGACUCGGCCCGGUGCAUCCGCACCCUCACAUCUUCUGGACAGGUGAUCUCUGGGGACGCAUGUGCUGGGACCACCACCCGCACUGUCACCAGUGUGCAGGGGGAGCACCAGAUCAACCAGAUUGCUAUCAACCCCACUGGCACCAUGCUCUAUGCUGCCGCUGGGAACUCCGUCCGCAUCUGGGAGCUGAGCAGGUUGCAGCCCGUUGGGAAGCUGAGUGGCCACAUUGGGCCUGUGAUGUGCCUCACGGUAAACCAGACAGCGAGCAACCACGACCUGGUGGUCACAGGCUCCAAAGAUCACUACGUCAAGGUGUUUGAGAUUGCUGAGGGCAUGGUGGGCAAUAUUGGCCCCACUCACAACUUUGAGCCCCCUCACUACGAUGGCAUCGAGUGCCUGGCCAUCCAGGGAGACAUCCUCUUCAGUGGCUCCAGGGACAACGGCAUAAAGAAGUGGGAUCUGGAGCAGCAGGAACUUAUUCAGCAAAUUCCAAAUGCCCACAAAGACUGGGUCUGUUCCCUGGCCUUCAUCCCUGGCCGCCCCAUGGUGCUGAGCGCCUGCCGAGGAGGCAUGAUCAAAGUCUGGAACGUGGACACCUUCACCCCAGUUGGGGAGAUCAAAGGGCACGACAGCCCCAUCAAUGCCAUCUGCACCAACUCGAAGCACAUCUUCACUGCCUCCAGCGACUGCCGGGUAAAGUUAUGGAAUUACGUGCCUGGGCUCACCCCUUGCCUUCCACGACGCGUCCUUGCCAUAAAGGGCCGUGCUACUAGUCUGCCUUGA